GGAGGCGGGGCUCCCGGGGCGCGUGCGCGGCGGCCGGAGCUGUGGGCCCCUCCCUUGUCGGGGUCGCGCGGCGCGGAGGACCGCACCGAAAGGGGGAAGUCAGGUGGCCGCUGCUGCCGCCGCCGCCGCGGUUUGUCGCCAGAAGGAAAAUGGCGGACCUGGAGGAGCAGUUGUCUGAUGAGGAGAAGGUGCGUAUAGCAGCAAAAUUCAUCAUUCAUGCCCCUCCUGGAGAAUUUAAUGAGGUGUUUAAUGAUGUUCGGCUACUGCUUAAUAAUGAUAAUCUUCUCAGGGAAGGAGCAGCCCAUGCAUUUGCACAGUAUAACUUGGACCAGUUUACUCCAGUAAAAAUUGAAGGUUAUGAAGAUCAGGUAUUGAUUACAGAACAUGGUGACCUGGGAAAUGGAAAGUUUUUGGAUCCAAAAAACAGAAUCUGUUUCAAAUUUGAUCACUUAAGAAAGGAAGCAACUGAUCCAAGACCAUACGAAGCAGAAAAUGCAAUUGAAUCUUGGAGAACUUCAGUAGAAGCUGCUCUGCGAGCUUAUGUAAAAGAACAUUAUCCAAAUGGGGUCUGCACUGUAUAUGGUAAAAAAAUAGAUGGACAGCAGACCAUUAUUGCAUGCAUAGAAAGCCAUCAGUUUCAAGCAAAAAACUUUUGGAAUGGUCGUUGGAGGUCAGAGUGGAAGUUUACAAUCACUCCUUCAACCACUCAGGUGGUUGGCAUCUUGAAAAUUCAGGUUCAUUAUUAUGAAGAUGGUAAUGUUCAGCUAGUGAGUCAUAAAGAUAUACAAGAUUCCCUAACAGUGUCCAAUGAGGUGCAAACAGCAAAAGAAUUUAUAAAGAUUGUAGAGGCUGCAGAAAAUGAAUACCAGACUGCCAUCAGUGAGAAUUAUCAGACAAUGUCGGACACUACUUUCAAAGCCUUACGUCGACAGUUGCCAGUUACACGCACUAAGAUUGAUUGGAACAAGAUCCUUAGCUACAAGAUUGGCAAAGAGAUGCAGAAUGCAUAAGAUGAACAUUGCAUGACCGGAUCAUUUUAGUGUCUUUGCAUUUUAAAAAAAAUCAUUGCAAAAGUAUUCAGAACUGUCAAGCUACCCAGUCAGAUGGGCUGUUGCCAUUUAAAAUCACUGUAAUUAAUUAGUUUGGUUAGAGCACAGAGCUUAGCUAAUCAACCAUUAUUUUUUAUUUCUUUUGUUCAAAGAAGAUUGAAAAUCAGUUUAGUUUAAAUGUCUUUUACUUUCUUUUAUGCCUUUCUUUCUUACAAUGAAGACAUGAUUCCUCUAGUUUAAUGUCAAAAGUUUUUUGAAGUGUUUCAAAAAUAUUUUACUUACCGUAACCCUAAAAUUAUUGUCUUUUGGUUUAUGAAGUGGGUAACUUUUGAUAUAUGCCCAGUUCUUUUUAAUGGGGUCAAUAAUGGACAUUCUAGUUUAAGGUGGUUGAUGGAUUUAGCCAUACAUGCUGCUAAAGAAAUUGUCUACCUUUUCCCCCUUACCUCUUUCAUUUAUGUAAGAUUGAGAUUAGAGGGAAAGCAUUUUCUAUAUCAAUUGUGUUUAAACCUUUCAAGAAGGUUAUUUAGCUAGCUUAGUGUUUAACUAAACUUUUUUUAAACAAGGCCAAGGUCUAAUGCUGUUUUGAGAUUCUGAAUUAAAUGAAUAUACUUAUUUCAGAAAUGCAUUUAAUGCUUUUUUCUUGUGACAGUUAUGCAAAUUAGCUUGGAUUCCAUAUGUCCCUGAGUUAUUUUUAUCAUAAAGCCACAAAUGUAUUAUAACAAGGCAAAUUGUAAUAUAUAUAAUCCUGAACUCA